GACUCCAGCUACGUACACUGCUGCUAUCGUUGCUUACAAUUCCAUGGGCAAGUGGUGGAAGGCAGUGGAGACCUUGGACGAGAUGAUGGACCACAACAUGGCGCCCCUCCGCAUCGGUGCGGAGCAUGCUCUCAUGGCUUGCGAGAAGGGUGCGAAGUGGGAGAAG